UAUACCAUGGAAGAAGUAGUAAACGGAAGUAAGCCUUGACCAAUACAUUUUGACGUUAGGGUUUAGAUAUUUAUUAAUACCCUGCAACUUAGCAUUUGACAAAUUUGAACUGCAAAGCAUAACAUGCUUACCCCAGGUCGUCGUUAAUUCGCGUUGGAGACAGGGCUUGGUUGAUAGAUGAGAUCUAACUAGGUGGUAACGUUAACUAACAAUGGCCAAUUGUGUGGUUUUUCACACUCAAAUAGCCUCCAGUAUGGAGGUGCUAGCGAAUGCAGCCGUGGCAGAGACUUGUAAACUCGUAGACGACGACUAUGCAGUGUUUCGUCUGGAAAUAACUCAAAGACAAAAAGAAAACAGGGCAUUGCGCAGGAAACUACAGCUACUGGAACUGAAGGUGUCACGGGAGCGCGUCCUCGCCAUUCGUCCCAGUAGUGUCAAGAUCUUCGACCGAUACAGAGGAAUGGCAAGAGGUGAAGGACAUCUCACUGGAAGCCACAGGAGCUUUGUGAAGCCAACAGGACACAAUAGAUGGAGAGAGAACCAACCAAUCACUCUUGAUGAGGGGAACGGAACCUCAACCCAGAAUGUUAUCACGAUAGAGUCUGCAGAGGCUGCAGGUCCUGGGGUCAAGCAGGAGAGGACUAAAGGAGAGAAGGAACCACAGCACAUGGGAGACAUCCAGACUGGAGUGCCCCCUGAAGCCAUGGAGGACCCCACCUCCACCCCAGCACCAUCCAUGACCCGACCCAGCAUCACGGAGGUCAGUGGAACGCCGAACGCCGUCCUCAAGUCAGAGACAGACACGGAGAAGUUAACUGCAACACACAGGCUCUUACACACAGGAUCUGACCACAGCUCAGACCCAGAGAGAUUUGGGCUGGGGCCAUUAGGCUGUCCUUCUCCCUGUUCAGAGUACUUGCCAGUAUUUCACCAGAGCAAGAGGACGGUUCAUUCCUGUGGAGGCGGUGAUGGUGACACGUUAGACACUGGUGUUGAUGUUCCGUCUUGUUCUUACGCUACAGAUAUGGACCCUGACAACAUGUCCAUGGGUUUAGACACACAGGCUGAUCUGUCAAGAGGGGGACUGGAACCAUUAUACUAGUAGUGUAUACUCUGAAAGGUCCCUAGAUAAGAAAGGGGAGGUUAUAGUCAUAGAUGAAGUCAAAGUGGAGGGAGACUCUCCUCUGACCUUGAACGCAGACCAGACUCACUUAGGGGAAGGACACUCACAAGGCAGAGAUUUCUUAGAUUACAGGGAAAGCUUAAAGACAAAUCCAAAUGUUGCGGGCCACUCCCCUUUACACACGCUCAGGGAUCGUGACCCAGUGUCCACGUUGAUGGGGCCUUCCGAUUCACAGGGCUGCGUCCUUUUGGAUCAGUAUUGACCUCAAAGGGCCAAGGGAGCAACAUCAGGCAAUAGUAAAUAGAAACGGUUCCUCUGCAUGUUCUGUAACAAAGGCUUUGGCUGCCUCCAGAAGGUGGAGAUCCACCAAAGGGUCCUCACAGGGGUGAAACCCUUCAGCUGUUCCCAGUGUCACAUGCGUUUUGCUGAGGCUGGCAAUCUGAAGAGGCACCGGAGGGUCCACACAGGGGAGAAAUAUUAAAGCUGCCCUGAGUGUAAAAAAGGUUUUCCCAUCAGAACUACCUGAAGAUGCACCUUCAGGUCCAUAUGGGUGAAAGGCUGUUCACCUCCUAAGCAAAGUGGGAAGAGGUUCUCAGAGAGGAGAUACCUCAGGAUACACCAGCAGAAAAAACAUUCCACUAAAUAACUUCUGACAUUUUAGAUUAAACCCUGCAUUAAAGACAAAGAUACAUUUUCAAUAUUGUCCGCAGAAAAGAUCCACAGAUGCAUUUGGAAUGACGAGACAGAUUUCAGUGUUGAAUAUUCUUGGGUAGAUUAUUGCAUCCAGACAUUGUGAUAUAUAAGGCAUAUUUAAGCCUAAAAAGUAUGUUACAUAUUGUGUAGGCUAUAUGAUGUAUAUUACUUCCAUUUAACUACCGUACUUCAUUUUUUCCCCCAAGACAAUUGUAAUAAGAAAAUGAUUGCAGUUUAUAAAGUUUAGGGCUGUCCCCGACAAAAAAGAAAGAAAAGUUAGUUGACCGAGAGUCGUCUGUUCUUUUGACAAUCGAUUGGUAGACAUUUUUUACAUGUAUUUUUUUAUACAUAGUGUUUUAAUAAAAUCAACUGUAUGCACUGAGA